AUUCCACUUGUCCCAUUUCCUCUCUCUCUAUAUAUUUUUUUUCUUUUCUCGUUUCAAUUUCAUUUCGUCCACCGGUGCUUAUCACUCAUUCCCAUUCAGAAUGUCCGUGGCAACGUACGAGGACGUGAAAGGCUUAGACCCUUCGACCACCCUUCUCAUCGAUGUGCGCGAGCCGAACGAGCUCGAAACCACAGGGUCCAUCCCCAAUAGCAUUAACAUUCCACUUGGACAAGUAGAAGGCGUGUUUCAAAACCUAACGGAUGAGAAGUUCGAGGCCAUCUACCAACGGGAAAAACCCAAGCUAAAUGAUGACAUCGUGUUCUCUUGCAAAUCCGGGAUGAGGGCUCUGAAAGCGCUGAAGGUCGCAGCCGACAUGGGCUUCAGCAAUCUCAGAUACUACAAGGGUAGCUGGACGGAAUGGGCGGAGAAAACUCACGAGUAGGCUUGUAAAACAAACAUGUUUCUUAACACCACUAAUUUUAACAGAGAGUAAAAAAAACACUAUAAUACAUA